AUGCCUUACACUCUCAAAAUCGCAGCUAAAGCACCCGUUGUGGACUAUGCUUUGCUCACAGCUAGUGCUUUCAUCAAUGAAUCCGAUGCUGAUACCAUCAAAGUUGAGUAUAUCAACGAGAAAACCAUUGCUGAUACGAAACUCUCUGCCCAGCUUUUGAAAGGUGAUGAAGUUGUUGCAUCUUCUUCAGAUGAGAUCUUGAAUGCUGUUGCCUCUACUUUCCCUAAUGUUCUUUUGGCAAAAGAGUCCUCCGCGGAAUGGAUCAAGUUCGCGUAUGAGAAAUUGACCGUCAAGAACUUCAAAGAGUUAUCUAAGGACUUGGAGAAAUUGGACGCCCACUUGAACUUCCGUUCUUUCAUUAUAGGCUACAAAAUUACUACUGCCGAUAUUGCUGUCUGGGGAUGCUUGCGUGCAAACCCAGUGAUGGGAUCUGUUAUUAGAAACAGUGUCUACAUUAACGUUUCAAGAUGGUACCACUUUUUGGAGGCUGAUAAGAGGUUCGGUGACAUGGCCACUGUUUUGUCCAAGGCUAUGAACGAACUGAAGAAGGAGGCCAAACAGAAACAGGGUGGUAAAAAAAUCCACAAGGCCAACUUUGAUAUUGACUUACCGGGUGCUAAGGACGGAGAAGUCGUCACCAGAUUCCCUCCUGAACCUUCGGGAUACUUGCACAUCGGUCAUGCCAAAGCGGCCAUUUUGAAUGACACCAUUGCCAAGGCAUAUCACGGCAAGUUAAUCAUCCGUUUCGAUGAUACCAAUCCAUCUAAGGAAUCUCAGGAGUUCGAGGAUGCUAUCUUGGAUGAUUGCAAGACCUUGGGAAUUGUUGGUGACAGAAUUACGCAUUCUUCCGAUUACUUCGAUGAGAUGUACAACUACGCCAUCACUAUGAUUAAGGAGGGUAAAGCUUACUGUGAUGACACUCCAUUGGAGAAGAUGCGUGCUGAAAGAAUGGAUGGUCUUAAGUCUGCUCGUCGUGAUCGUUCUGUUGAAGACAACUUGCAUAUUUUCACCGAGGAGAUGAAGAACGGUACUGAAGAAGGUUUGAAGAACUGCUUGCGUGCUAAAAUUGACUAUACGAACAAGAACAAGGCUCUUCGUGAUCCAACCAUCUACAGAUGCAACUUGAAGCCUCAUCAGAGAACUGGCGAUAAAUGGAAAAUCUAUCCAAUCUACGACUUCUGCGUUCCUAUUGUUGAUUCGUUGGAAGGAGUUACGCAUGCUUUGAGAACCAUUGAGUACAGCGACAGAAACUCCCAGUACGAGUGGAUGUUGGAGGCCUUGCAUUUGAGAAAGGUGUACGUCUGGGACUUUGCUCGUGUCAACUUCGUUCGUACUUUACUCUCCAAGAGAAAGUUGCAAUGGUUUGUCGACAAGAAGUUGGUGCCUGGUUGGGACGAUCCUCGUUUCCCCACCGUUAGAGGUAUUAUGAGAAGGGGUAUGACUGUAGAGGGUCUUAGAAACUUCAUUUUAGGCCAGGGACCUUCUAGAAAUAUCAUCAACUUGGAUUGGAACAUCAUCUGGGCUGCAAAUAGAAAGGUCAUUGACCCUAUUGCCACUAGAUUGAUUGCCUUAGAUAGUGAAAACAUUGUUCCCGUUACUUUAAAGGACGGCCCCGAGUUACAUACUGAGCAGAAGCCUAAACACAAGAAGAAUCCUAAGCUUGGUAGCAAGGAUAUCUACUUUUCAUCUAAUCUCUUGCUUGAACAGGAGGAUGCUGUCGCUCUUAAGGAAGGUGAAGAAAUCACCUUCAUGGACUGGGGUGACUGCAUUAUCGAAAAGAUUGAUAAGGAUGACAAGGGUGUCGUUAAGGCCAUAUCUGCUCAGCUAUUUUUGAAUGGAGACUACAAGAAGACAGAGAAGAAACUCACAUGGUUAGCUGCAGAGAAGACAGUUCCUGUUGUGUUGAAAGACUUUGACCAUUUAAUUACCAAGGAUAAGUUGGAGGAGGGUGAUAACUUUGAGGACUUUCUCACUCCUCAGACCGAGUUCACUGCUAAAGCUAUUGCCGAUACUAAUGUCGAGAACUUGAAGGUUGGUGAUAUUAUCCAAUUUGAGAGAAAGGGCUUUUUCAGAUUAGAUUCCGAUAAGGAUGGUCAGAAGAUCUUUUUCAGUGUUCCUGAUGGAAGAAACAAGAGCAGAAUUUAG